UGACUCGCUGAUCAGACGCCAUAUUGCAUGUUUGUGUGGAAGAAGUGUAGCGCGGGAAACUGCUCGUUUGACCUAACAAUUAGUUUAUGGUGAAGUAUUUUAGUGGAUCAACGACCAUGAGUGAUAUUAUGGACCCAAGUAAGAUGAAGGUGGCGGAGUUACGGGCUGAACUACAGGAACGAGGUCUAGACACCAAGGGUAAUAAGCCGGUGUUGGUGGAGAGGCUGAGAGAGGCGCUUGACGCUGAAGUUGCUGGUGAAGAUGGCGUUGACGACUCGGCUGGAGGAGCUGAAAAUGAGGAAGUGGAAGAAAUUGAGCAAGAGGAAGAAGUUGAGCCAGAACCUGUGGUUGAGGCCAUAGAACCCGAACCUGAGUCCUCACCCAUGAAGAAAGUGCAGUCAGAGCCAGAAGCCUCACCUGCGAAGAAAGUGCCAGAACCCUCACCUGUGAAGAAAGUGCCAGAACUCUCGCCUGUGAAGAAAGUGCCAGAUCCCUCGCCUGUGAAGAAAAUGCCAGAACCCUCUCCUGUGAAGAAAGUGCCAGAACUCUCGCCUGUGAAGAAAGUGCCAGAACCCUCGCCUGUAAAGAAAGUGCCAGAACCCUCGCCUGUAAAGAAAGUGCCAGAACCCUCGCCUGUGAAGAAAGUGCCAGAUCCCUCGCCUGUGAAGAAAAUGCCAGAACCCUCUCCAGUGAAGAAAGUGCCAGAAUUAGAGCCAUUACCAGUGAAGAAAGUUCCAGAACCAUCACCAGCCAAGAAAGCUCCAGAACCAUCACCAGCCAAGAGGAAGGACUCGGAACCUCAAGAAGCUUCGGUGAAAGAAGAACCAGAACCUGAAAAUUCCUCAAAACUUGGUUAUGAAGAGGAGCCAGUUGAAGAUAUUGAUGUGAAAACUGAAAAAGAUAAUGGAUUAGAAAUGGAAGUAAAAGAAGAGGCUAAUAUCAAAGAGGAAUUUGAUGUUAAAGAAGAACCCAUGGUGAGUGAAGAAACGGAAGCGGUGAGAAGAGGAGAGAAGAGAGCACUUUCACGAUCUCGUUCUCCUGAGACAGCUCCUGACUCCAAAAGGUCUCGACCAGAAGUUGAAGAAGUGCGCAUUGAAGAUGAACCAGAGAGAGACAUGACAGUUGUUGCUCUUGAUUGGUAUAAUUCUGACUUAAGUUUGAUAAUCAGCAAGGAAGAUUACUUGAGUGCCCAGCCACUGACCAUGCAAGGUUUUGGGUAUGUAUGGCACGGCGUACGUGCCACAUAUGGGUUUACACGCGGCCGCAUCUUCUUUGAAGUUAAGGCUGAAGACUAUCUGCCUGUGCCUCAGCUGGAAGAGGAAGAGCAACAUCCACAUGUGUUGCGCGUUGGUGUAUCAGUCAAUGAUGCUGGACUAACCCUUGGGGAGGAUCCAUUCAGUUAUGGAUAUGGUGGUACAGGAAAGGCCUCUACAAAUUUAAGAUUCAAGGAUUAUGGCAAACUGUUUGGAAAAGGUGACGUUGUUGGUUGUUUUGUGGAUAUGGAAGCAGAACCCAUUGUUAUAUCUUUCACUGUGAAUGGAGAGCAUCAGGGUAUUGCCUAUGAAGUUCAGCAUGCUGAUUUGGGAGACCAAGCCCUGUUUCCCCAUAUUGUGACCAAGAAUUCCAGCUUCAGGGUUAACUUUGGAACAGAGGACCCAUGGUUUGAGCCACUAACUGGCUACACUGCUGUUGGCCAUAUCCCUCUGGAAGACAGAGUAUUGGGUUCACAGGGACCAGAGAAGAGAGAUGAUGCUGAGGUGAUCAUGAUGGUUGGUCUGCCAGCUGCCAGUAAGACUACUUGGGUGGAAAAGUACUGCAAAGAAAGUGUUGAGAAGAAGUACAAUGUCUUGGGAACAAACACACUUAUAGACAAGAUGAAGGUUAAUGCCAUGUGGUACUAUGCUGGCCGUUGGGAGGUGUUGAUUGAGCGUUGCACCAAAUGUUUGAACAAGCUGUUGAACUCGAUAAAGCGCAGACGCAACUUCAUCAUUGAUCAGACGAAUGUAUACCCAUCGGCUCAGAGGCGUAAAAUGAAGGGUUUUGCUGGCUUCAAACGACGUGCAGUUGUAAUUUGUCCCACUGAUGAGGACCUGAAGAAACGAACUGAGAAGCGAGAGAAGGAGGAAGGCAAGGAUGUUCCGGACAAGGCUGUCCUAGAGAUGAAAGCCAACUUCAAAUUGCCGGAGGAAGGUGACCUGUUUGAUUCUGUGGAGUUCGUUGAAACAAAUCGUGAGGAGGGCCAAAAGCUAGUAGAGCAAUAUAACAAGGAAGGAGAAGAUGCAGGCUUUGGCCAGAAGAAGGGCUUCAGAGGUGGAUUUGGCGAAAGACGUGGUGGGUACAUGGACCGCCGAGGAGGCUAUGGCAAUCGCGGGAGUAGCUUCCGAGGUGGUUGGGACCGAGAACGCCGUGGUGGUUAUAAUGACCGCCGUGACAGAAGCAGUUGGAGUCGUGAUCGUGAAAGUCGCGACUACAAUCGUGGUGGCUACAAUAGAGAUAGCCGUGGUAGUUUCAACCGUGAUUAUAAUCGUGGUGGCUACAACAGGGACAACAGAGUGACCUAUAACAGGGAUCGUGGUAGCCGCAGUGGAAACUACCAAAGCAACUGGAACAGAAAUUCGAGUAAUGAGAUAAAGAGUACCUCCGAUAGUACUACUACUACUACUACUACUACUAACCCAUGGGCAACCCAGCAGGGAACCCAGGGGACCCAAGGCUAUGGGAACUACGGCAGCUAUAACAGCCAAGGAUGGGGUAACCAGAAUUACGGCUAUGGUCAGGGGUACGGCAGCAACUGGAACCAGCAGUACUAUCAACAGCAGCAGCAGACACCACAGCAGCAAUACUGGGGAACAGGUUAUGGAUAUGGAAGCCAGGGCUAUGGAACUAGCCAGCAAUAUGGAACUUCAGGGACAGCCAGCCAGGCUAACACUGCUAGUGGAAGUUGGGGCCAACAGAGCAGCAACUGGGGAAGUGCUGGCCAGCAACAGUGGGGUACUGCUUAUAAUAAACAACAGUGGGGAACUGGCUAUGGUACUGGGAGCCAAAGCAGCCAGAGGAGGUAGAGGAAUUGUCCACUAGAUCAAAUGUCAGGCUGCAGAGUUUGGGAAGUUGGUAUAAAAUAUAUCAUCAACUGAGAGAACUUUAUCAUGGGGGCCACAUGUAGCUGUAACCAAUUUGAGCUGUGCCCUCUACAUUAGCUAGUUAACCUUAAUUAUACAGUAUAUCCUGUUUAGUGUUCAUCACUGCAGUGUAGGAUUUUUACUUGUCAUAGUUAUUAGUGUCUGAAAUCUCUUGGAUAUUAUUGUAAUGAAUGAGUAUUUUGAAUGUUGAUAAUAGAUGUUACAGGUGUGGAGCAAAUGUUAGAACAUACUGCUUGAUGUCUUGGUGAAUAGUUAGGACAAUCAGGUAUAUUCCUGAUUUGCAUUUUAAUUCAUGGUGGAGAGGACUAAAAAAAAUUAUUUGCACUUGUGUAUUAAUAAGAGUUAGCUGUAUACAGUAUAUAUAUAGUUAGAGUUGACUAUUAUCCAUAUGUUUUAGAAAUCUAGAUUAUAAGUUCUAUUACUACUUGAUACUGCUUAAGUGAAUAAUAGUAUGUUUGCCACAAGCAGUGUACAAAGUCUUCUAAACUAUGAAUUCACAGCAGCAUAAAUUUACCUGUAUUUUUCUUCAAGUACUUGUAAGGUAUUGAAUUUUAUUUAUACAUUUUGAAGUUUCACACUUUGUUUCAGAAAUGUACCAAUUUAUUCAAUGGCAAUGAAGACAGUGGUAAU